CACCCGUUAAAAGUAUAAUUCUUUAUUAACUUCAGCACCUCCUUCUGCUUCAAGUAAGGAGAAUCGUCUCUUCACACUGCUUCACUGCUGACCAUCGUCGUCGUCAUCAUCAAUGGCCACUGAUCUCUCUUCAGUCCCUCUUUUCUUCUUCUUUUUCUUCAUACUCCUCCAUUUACCUUCAAACUACGUUUUAGGGGGUCUCAUACUAGAAGACGGAUACACAGUAACAACAAUAAUCGACGGCCACAAACUAGAAAUUAACCCACACGCUGUCCUGUCUCGACCACAAUCGUCCGAUCUCAUCCUCCUCGACUCUUCCCAUAGUACCAUCUACACCAUAUCAUUUCCCAUUUCUCAAGAGAGUGUGGUUAAGCGGUUAUCUGGGGAUGGGGUUGCCGGUUUAUCCGAUGGAGAACCAGGAUCGGCCCGAUUUAAUAAGCCACGGAGUUUUGCAGUUGAUAAUAAAGGCAAUAUUUAUGUUGCUGAUAGGCUUAAUGGUACUAUAAGAAAGAUAACCAAUUCAGGAGUGAGUACUAUUGCUGGAGGGUACUCCAAGGGAUUUGGUCGCGAGGAUGGUCCUGCGCAGAAUGCGACAUUUUCUAGUGAUUUUGAGGUGGCGUUUGUUGCUGAAGAAUGUGCUUUGCUCAUUUCAGAUCAUGGCAAUCAACUUGUUCGUCGACUUCCUCUUAAGCCUGAUGAUUGUGCAACUGCUUCUCAUUCUGCAUUGGGAGCUGUUUCGUUUUGGGUUCUAGGACUAGGACUGGUCAUGUCCUGUCUAAUUGGGAUAGCCAUUGGGUUUGUGAUUCGCCCUCAUAUUGUGCCUUAUGAAGGCUCCAAUCCCUCUCGCUGCAGCGAGACAUGGAGGCUUUGCCUAAUCAAUCUGGCGAAACAAGUACUGAUGUUCUGCUUCGACAUCAGAAGCGCAAUUGCUAGAUCCAGCCCGUAUACACUUAUGAGUAGGCUCUUGUGGCUGAGCCUGUCUCAUUUAUCGCUUAUGUUUAGAAUUAACACUGUAGGUUCUCAAACUUUAAGCAAGGGGGUGGAUUCUCAAACUUCGAGCAAGGGCUUUGUGUCUUUGCUUGAUUCUGAUGUAAAUAGUUUUGAGACGGAAACGUCGCAGCUCUGUGCUGAGUUGAAGGAUUUGAUAAGUCUUAAUGGUCCCUCAAACUCAAAGGGUGAAAUCUCCAAUACAGGAGAGCAGGAUCAGUUGGGGAAUGAUGUUCUUUUGGAUGGCAAUCCAAGGAUAGAUACCAUGAUACAGGAAAACAUCAUGGGAUUCGCAAAGGUUGCUCAAGAAACAACAACUCCACUGAAUGGGACCUUGGUGAAGAGAAGAUGAAGUAUCUAGCAGUUUCUCCUGUAUAAAUUUCCACUUUGUGGGACUUGUGUAACUAUCUAAACAUGGUUGUCAUCCUGAAGUGAAAGGGGUUCUAUUCUCGACUGAGAUGUUUUAUCCUA